CGCGAAAAGCUCUCGAUUGAGUGAAUGUGGUCCGGCAGCGAAUUAUUUGUAUAUUCAGUGCCUUCCUGCUAGAGUUACCAAUUAGUCAUGGAUAUUUGGCAUCGGCUUUUAUUGUUCCUGGCGUGCAUCAUCGCUCUGGGAAACUGUAAACUGCAAAUCUUGGAUUUGAAAGUGCCGUCGACGAUUGAGAAUGGCGCACAGGACGAAGUAAUCCUGGAUUGCGACUUCGAGGCGUCGAAGGACGAAGACGGAUUGGAAGUUAAGUGGUUCUACAACGAGAACGAGCAAAUCUACCAAUGGAUACCGAAGCGCAGCAAACCGCAAGCGCUCGGUUCGUUCAAGGAUCGCAUCGAUCUCAGCUACCAGGCAUCCACAGAUCCAACCACGAUGUUCCGCGCACUCCGGCUUACGGGCAUCACGCCGGAACUCUCCGGUGAUUACAAGUGCAAGAUCACCAGCUUCGUCAACGAGGACACCGCCACGAAGAAGAUGAUUAUUUACGACCCUGCUGAUGAGUUCCAGUUCAUUCACAUGGACGAGGAUGAUAAGGUUCUCUGUAUGGCAAAUGGCGUCUAUCCGGAACCCGAAUUGAUCAUAACCAUAAUCACCAGUAAUGACACCAAAGGAAACUCCAAAGACACCGAUGGUGAUGGUAUUCCUGAUCAUAAGGAUGAUGACGAUGACAAUGAUGGUAUACCCGAUGCCCAGGACGACGACGAUGACAACGACGGUAUUCCUGAUGUGAAAGACGCAGAUCACGACACAGAUGGCGAUGGAAUUCCUGAUAAGAACGACGAUGAUGACGACAAUGACGGAAUACCUGAUGCUAAGGAUCGUGAUGAUGAUAACGAUGGUAUUCCUGACGCGCAGGAUAAAGACCACGACUCUGACGGUGAUGGAAUCCCCGAUCACAUUGACACUGACGAUGAUAACGAUGGUACUCCUGAUGCUAAAGAUAAGGACCAUGAUACUGAUGGUGAUGGAAUACCUGAUCACAAGGAUAAUGACGAUGAUAAUGAUGGUGUCCCGGAUGCAAUGGAUAAAGAUCAUGAUACUGACGGUGAUGGUAUCCCUGACCAUUUGGACGAUGAUGAUGAUAAUGAUGGUGUACCUGAUAAUAAAGAUGACGAUGAUGAUGGUGAUGGUAUCCCUGAUGCUAAGGAUAAAGAUCACGCUUCCAAUGCUGGAGCAACUGAGCAAAUGGCAGUUAAAGAUACCGACGGAGAUGGUAUUCCUGAUCAUCUAGAUCCCGAUGAUGAUAACGAUGGAAUACCAGAUGAUAAGGAUAAUGAUGAUGAUAACGAUGGUAUCCCUGACGCGGAAGAUGAAGAUCAUGAUUCUGAUGGCGAUGGAAUUCCUGACCAUUUGGACGAUGAUGAUGAUAAUGAUGGUAUACCUGAUGAUCAAGACGAGGAUGAUGAUGGUGAUGGUAUUCCUGAUACUGAAGAUGAAGACCAUCCUGAUAAUACUAGUGAUGAUGACGAUGAUGAAGAUGAAUUCAUUAAGGUUCAAAACGAUGAUAAGACCUUCAACCUCACCAGGAUUCUCAGCUACAAGAAAACUGAAAUGUCCGGUGAUACGAAAAUUAUCUGCGAGAUGUACAUCCCUGGUACCACAUACAGAGAGAAGAAAUACGUGUAUGUUUAUUCAGGCAUCAUCUCCACAACCACAGAAACUCAAAUUCAGUCUGAGUUCGAUUAUGAUAGCGUCUUUACGACUCUCGCAACCGAAACGGAUGAUACCGAUGAUGAUGAUGAUGACGAUGAUGAUGAUAGCCAGGAAGGUAAUGGCAGCUGGAAACAAUUACCUAGCAUCACUAUGCUGUUGAUGACAUUUUUCUUCGUGUUGAUGGAUGCGUACUGAUUGAUAUUUACACAUCAUUCAUUUUAAAUCUAUUUAUUUUUGUUGUUUUUCUCGAUUUUGAGACAUUCAUCACGCGUAAAUGAAAUGUGAAGAGAUGGAAAUUACUAAAAUUGUAAAUUUGUACAUGUAACUAAUAGUUAACGACGAAAUAUUCUUGUACAUUUUGUAAAUACGAAAAAAUGAAUUUAAUGUGUAUAUACGAGGUAAAUAUCUACACGAAUACCAAAUAUGAAUACCAAAGUUGACGAGGAAUGAUUGUAAUAACUGUUCGCGUUAAUGCAGAAGCGUUUUUUGUAAAUACUAAUGUAAAAUCUUGUACAAUUUGAAUUCUGUUAUGUAAUUUUUAAACGAUUAAUCCGUAAGCGAGACAUCUAGUUCUUAUAUUUGCGAUUUCAUAUUUUAUUUUUUAACUAACUUGCAUCAUCACCAAUAACUUAAUUAAUUUUAAAGAUUAUUAACUUUUGUUAUAAGUGAAAAUAUACUAGUCCUGAUUACAAAAUACAA